ACACUGGUCGCUGCAAACUGCACACCCAAUAAAACCUACGGCGAGCGUUCACUCAAACUGAAUCGCGGUAUUCGCCGUAGCUUACCCUGGGUAUUCAUCAUUGCCGACCCUCCACAAUCCAUCAUCGGCAUCGACUUCCUCCGACACAUCAACCUCAAGGUUGAUCCGGUCGGACAGAAGCUCAUCAACCGUCUCACCACAUGUGAGACCCACGGGACACCUUCGACUGUGCCGUCCGUUAGCCUGCUCCUGUACUUUCCUGACGCCUCCGAUAGGUUCCGCGUGGUCCUCUCCGAGUUUCCGGAGUUGCGUAAACCGCCGGAUAUUCCCUCAGUCGACGACGGAUAUUGCUCACCCCAUUGUUAG